AUGUUUCCAAUGCUCGAAAGAAGUCCAGGGGAGCAAUUACCAGUUAUUUCAAGUGAUGACGUCACUAGAUUAAGGGCCCUUUAUGAAACUUUUCUCCCUGCAGAAUUGGAUAAAACAUCCCAAAAAUAUAAUUCAAUGGCAACACCCAGAAGUUUGCCUUCUCGUCCAGCUGGUAAGGAUAUGGCAGAAGUAUGUCCACACACAAUUACUGCUGCUACUAAUGUUUUACCUGGAAUGGUUGUUGCUUUCAAUGGACAAUAUACUUGGACAAUCAAGAAGGGUAAUAUCACGAGUGGACCAACCUUGAUAAAAGACAGAUUCCCAGAUGCCCCAGAGUUUAUUAAUGCUAGUUUCAGCACAAGUACAAUAACAAUAUUAAUUCAAGGCCAUACAUUGUUUGGCUAUAAUUAUGAUGAAAUACAUGACAAAUUUACGUAA